AUGCGGCGAGGGGAAGUGGGAGGAGAGAUCAGAGGUCCUACUGUUAAGGAAGAAAAGAAUACUGAGGAUAUAACACACCCGGUCCUACCGCGGCCCCCGGUGCCCGCGGACGCGCUGGGCGCGCAGGGCGAGGCGGUGCGGCUGCAGUUGCAGGGUGAGGAGCUGCGGCUCCAGGAAGAGAGCGUGCAACUGCAUCAGAUCAACGUCUACCUUAGCGACCGCAUCUCGCUGCACCGCCGCCUGCCCGAGCGCAGGAACCCGCUGUGCAUGGAGAAGAAGUAUGAUUACAAUAAUUUGCCGAGAACAUCCGUGGUCAUAGCUUUUUAUAAUGAAGCCUGGUCAACUCUCCUUCGCACAGUUUACAGUGUCCUGGAGACAUCACCAGACAUACUUCUGGAGGAAGUCAUCCUUGUCGAUGACUACAGUGAUAGAGAGCAUCUGAAGGAGCGCCUGGCCAAUGAGCUGUCUGGCCUGCCCAGGGUCCGCCUGAUCCGUGCUAACAAGCGGGAAGGCCUGGUGCGAGCCCGGCUGCUGGGGGCGUCCGCGGCAAAGGGUGACGUGUUGACUUUCCUGGACUGUCACUGUGAGUGCCACGAAGGGUGGCUGGAGCCGCUGCUGGAGAGGAUCCAUGAAGAGGAGUCGGCAGUGGUAUGCCCAGUGAUUGAUGUGAUUGACUGGAACACCUUCGAGUACCUGGGGAACGCCGGGGAGCCCCAGAUCGGCGGCUUCGAUUGGAGGCUGGUGUUCACGUGGCAUACAGUCCCCGAGAGGGAGAGGCGGCGGAUGCAGUCCCCCAUCGAUGUCAUCAGGUCUCCAACGAUGGCUGGUGGGCUGUUUGCUGUGAGUAAGAAAUAUUUUGAGUAUCUGGGGUCUUAUGAUACAGGAAUGGAAGUUUGGGGAGGCGAGAACCUCGAGUUCUCCUUUAGGAUCUGGCAGUGUGGUGGGACCCUGGAGACACACCCUUGUUCUCAUGUUGGCCACGUUUUCCCCAAGAAAGCCCCCUACUCCCGCAACAAGGCUCUGGCCAACAGCGUCCGUGCAGCCGAAGUGUGGAUGGAUGAGUACAAAGACCUGUACUACCAUCGCAACCCCCAAGCCCGCUUGGAGCCCUUUGGGGACGUGACAGAGAGGAGACAGCUCCGUGCAAAGCUAGAGUGUAAGGACUUCAAGUGGUUCUUGGAGACCGUAUAUCCAGAACUGCAUGUGCCUGAAGACAGACCUGGCUUCUUUGGGAUGCUACAGAACAAAGGACUGAAGGAACACUGCUUUGACUAUAACCCUCCCAGCGAGAACCAAAUUGUGGGCCAUGACAUCAUUCUGUACCACUGUCACGGCAUGGGCCAGAACCAGUUUUUCGAGUACACGUCCCAGAACGAAAUCCGCUACAACACCCAACAGCCAGAGGCCUGUGUGUCUGUGGCGGCAGGGUCAGAUGCUCUCUCCAUGGAGCUCUGCCAGGAAGCUGUCCCCGAGGAGCAGAAGUUCAUCUUGCAGGAGGAUGGUUCUUUAUUUCACGUACAGUCCAAGAAAUGUGUUCAGGCAGAGAGGAAGGCAUCCAGUGACAGCUUCGUGCCACUCUUACGAGACUGCAACGACUCGGAACACCAGAAGUGGUUCUUCAAGGAACGCGUGGUAUAA